AUGCUGGAGACCUACCAGGGCUGUGCGGCCUCCGAAUCUGCGGGCAUCGCGCAGUGCGAAUCCCCAGGGGAAAGUUUCUUCUUCGAUCAGGAGAAGGCACAGAGGUGUCCGGAGCGUGGCACUUGGGACCAUUCCGGCUGGAGCUGCGACGAUUGGAAGUGUCACACGUACUGCAGCAAUCCAUCGCGCCCUGCCGAGCGAAAGUCCUGUGACAACUGCCCAGAAGUCGAGGCAUCUGCUUAUCCACACAAGGGCCUGUCCUGA